AUGCCCCGCGGCGCGAAGCCCAAGCUCUACUACAACCCCGAGAUGUCGACCCACACGCACCCGUGGGCUCAUGUCGAAAAGCGAACCCGCGCCAGCGACGUCUACGAGCACUUGGACCGCGCCGGGCUGCUCGGCUCGGUGCAAGUACUCCCGGGCCACAGCGCGUCGGACGAGGAGCUGCGCACCGUCCACACGCAGCGCCACAUCGACGAGGUCGGUCGCAUGACAGCCGCCGCCCGCGCCGACCCGACGAACCGUGAGCUGUGCGAGCCUGACGGGCCGGGAGGCGUCUACUACUCGGGGCACGCCGACGCGGCCGCGCGGCUGGCCUGCGGCUGCGUGAUCGACGCGGCGGUGGGCGUGCUGCAGGACUCGAAGAAUGCCACCGCCACCCGCGCAUCGCCCGGCGACAAGGCUCGACGCCGCGCGCCGCCCGCCUUUGCCAUUGUGCGGCCUCCAGGGCACCACGCGGGCGCUGACCCGACCGACGGCCACCACGCCGAGGGCUUCUGCUUCUACAACUCGGUGGCGGUGGCGGCAGGGGUCGUUCUCGCCUCCGGCGACGCGAAGAAGGUUGCCAUCCUCGAUUGGGAUGUCCGCCACGGGACGGAACCUUAA